CGUUAUUCAAGGAUUGUGGGUAUAUAAGACGAUGAAGAUCAGUUUGCACAUUACAUCUAAUACAGUGUUCUCCUAAGUUGCAGAUAAAAUGAAGUUCUUAGUAAUCCUCGCCUUGGUAGCUCUGGCUGCAGCUCGUCCGGAAGCAAAUUACGAGAAAUAUGAAAACUUUGACGUGGAUGAACUGGUGUCCAACCUACGUCUUCUAAAAUCUUAUGUCGCAUGUUUCAUUGGAGAAGGAAAAUGUACUCCUGAAGGCAGCGACUUCAAAGAAUGGAUACCGGAAGCUGUUCAAUCGAAUUGCGGCAAAUGUUCCGACAAUCAGAAGCAUCUCGUCGGAAAGGUUAUCAAAGCCUGCAUGGAAAAACUUCCAGAAGAAUGGAAAAAACUGAACGCCCUCCACAAUCCAGAUGGAAAAUACGAUGAAGGCCUGAAAAACUUCCUGGAUAACUAUGGACAUUAAACGAUAAUAGUUCUAAAUAUGAAUUGAGUGGGAAAUUAAAAUUUAAUAAAGUGAUUUUCCAUGUAAAAA